AUGAGAGGGUCAACCGUCUACAAGGCUGUCGGGGUCAGUGUGGGCCUGCUGUGCAUCGUGCAGGUCGCUCUCAAUGUUUUAUUUCGAUUUCAAGCCGUUGGGUGUUCUGAUGGGUUCCACAACGUCUCCACUGGCAACACCACCAUUAUGUCAGAUAGUGACAUCAGAGUCCUGAUUUUAGAGAGAGACCAACUGGCUCAAGAGAAAGAGAAACUGGUUCAAGAGAAAGAGAAACUGGUUCAAGAGAGAGACCAAGUGGUUCAAGAGAGAGACCAACUGGCUCAAGAGAGAGACCAACUGGCUCAAGAGAGAGACCAACUGGCUCAAGAGAAAGAGAAACUGGCUCAAGAGAAAGUCAAACUGGCUCAAGAGAAAGAGAAACUGGCUCAAGAGAAAGUCAAACUGGUUCAAGAGAAAGAGAAACUGGUUCGAGAGAAAGUCAAACUGGUUCAAGAGAAAGAGAAACUGGUUCGAGAGAAAAACCAACUGACAAUGGAAAAGAAUGAGCUCCGUGCCAUGAACAACCGCCUAAGUGAAGAAAAGAAGAUUUUAGAGAAUAAGAUCACUGCACAACAACAUCCGACAAUUACAAUUAAUGUGGGACAAAACGCCCCAUACUGUCCACCGGGAUGGCAGCUUCACAUGUCAUCGUGUUACCAACGUUCCUCUUCGACAAGCAACUGGGAUUGUGCCAGUCAAGAUUGUGCACGGAAAGAAUCUCAUUUGGUGAUCUUGAAUGAUGAAGAUGAAGAGAGAUUUGUCCAUACGUUUGGAGGUGCUGUCAAAAUGUGGAUGGGCUUGAGACGUUACAGAGACUCAACCAACGCAUGGGUGCAAGGAAGCUCACUGAAUUACCAAAACUGGAAUGAUGUGCAGGUGAACCCCAAGCAUUGGAGAAAUUACCCGGAAACCUGCGCAUUUACUGACCAAGACUCGUCUUCCUCGAAGACCUGGUUCUGGGGCUCCUGUUUGGAACAGUACUACUGGGUGUGUGAGAUGGAGCUGAGAAGGAGAUACCGGUAG